GACUAUUUUGGGUGAUUAUCACCCUUAGCCCACCCUACAUGUUAAUUCUCCCCUCAAAAUUUCAUUAGGCUUGUCCUUCGUUUUCUUGAUAAGGAAUGGGUCACAAUGCCGCUCCCUCCAACGGUUCCAAGAAAAAACAUUUCCAUGGAAUUAAUGGAUGGCCUAGAUUCCAUGGUAUUUGUGGACCCCAUAUUCGAUUCGGUAUAUAACAUGAAAAGAGGGGGAAGACGAGCAUCGAGAAUUAGGGCUAGAAAGUAGAAGAAGAAGAAGGAGAGAGAGAGUGGUGAUUCUGAGAGAUGGCGUUGCAAAAGGCCCAGGAGAUGGUUUCUUCAAAUCCUGUCGUCGUCUUCAGCAAGACGUAUUGUCCGUUCUGCGUGAGCGUGAAGAAGUUGUUAUCGGAGCUGGGAGCUACUUUCAAGGUCGUCGAAUUGGAUACUGAAAGUGAUGGAGCUGAUCUUCAAUCAGCACUUGCUGGGUGGACCGGACAGCGUACUGUGCCAAACGUGUUUAUCGGUGGAAAGCACAUUGGUGGCUGUGACACCGCCACAGCCUUGCACAGUGAUGGGAAACUUGUUCCUUUGCUUACUGAAGCUGGAGCUAUUACGUCCUCCUCUAACGAAGGGAGUUCUGUUACCUGUUGAACCGGUGUAACGAGUAAACAUCAAUAAAGGCAUUGUGGUAACUGGUAAACAUCAAUAAAGGCAUUGUGGUUGAUGCUGUUCCUAUAUUCUUCGUUGGAUCUGUUCUAUUACCCAAUGAUAGACUUGAAAUUGUUGGGCUAAUCAUUUGGUGCACCUUUAGCAACUGAAUCAUAUAUCAUAUCUACCUACAUACAUGAGAUCCUUCAAAAUUUAAAUUAUGUGAAGUUCUUAUCUACAA